CCAGUCUCUCGAGUACGCUCGUCGGUCUAACUUCGCAGCUCAGGCACGCAGCCACUCUCGAGUAACACUUGAGAAAAAAAAUUAAAGAUAAAUAUAUUAAAAAAAAAUCAAGUCGUGACUUUGGAAGUAUGAUUUUCAAAUAACUCCCGGAGGUCAUUCGGUGAGGGAAUGUGGUUCAAAUCGUCCUCCGAGAUGAAAAUCUCUGUGUUUUUGUGCGUCGUCGUACUUUCCGGAGUCUCGGGGAACAAGGACGUCAUCGGAAGCAGGAUCGGGGGCCAUCCGAUCCCGGCCAAGGGACCUCUCGGGGGCGGCAUCGCUCUCAACAACUGCCCCUGGUCGUGCACGUGCGUCGGCCUAGCUGUCGACUGCUCGAGACGCGCCUUGACCCAGGUCCCGAGGAAUCUGCCGCAGCACGCCGAACGACUGGAUUUACAAGGCAACAACCUAACUGUCAUAUACGAAAACGACUUCGAGGGGAUGACAAACCUGAGAAUAUUGAACUUGAUUGGGAACCAGAUCCACACGAUCGAAAAAGGCGCUUUUCAAGAUCUGGCCGCCGUGGAAAGGCUGAGGCUCAACGACAACAGACUCCGGCUAAUUCCCGAUCUACUUUUUGGAAACAUGCCACUUCUCAUCCGCCUAGAUUUAAGUCACAAUCAUUUGCAAGUCAUUGGUAAGAAGUCGCUACGUGGAAUUCCAGCCAUUAAAACUUUACAACUGGAUAACAACAUGUUAAUAUGUGUUGAUGAACAAGCAAUAAAGAGCUUAAGAGAACUUGAAGUGUUGACACUGAAUAACAACAACUUAACUAGUUUGCCUGCAAAUCUUUUUGAUGAUCUUUUUCGACUGAGGACUUUGAGGCUGUCUGAGAAUAAGUUUGCAUGCGAUUGCCAUUUGGUUUGGUUGGCACGCUGGCUCCGAAGGUUCCCUCGACUCGGCCUAUACACAAGAUGUCAUUCUCCGAACCAAAUCAAAGGCCAUAACGUUGCCGACCUCCAUGACCAAGAAUUCAAAUGUUCUGGUUUAGUAGAAAGGGGUAUCGGUGAAUGUCAAUCUGAACCAAGUUGCCCACAUCAAUGCCACUGCGCUAACGGCAUUGUGGAUUGCAGAGAAAAAGCACUGAUAAGCAUACCUCAUCAUCUCCCUGAAUCUACAACUGAAUUGCGCUUGGAGCAAAAUGACAUAACAGAAAUACCUUCAAAAGGAUUUGCAUCAUACAAACGUUUGAGGAGAAUAGAUUUGAGCAAAAAUGCAAUUGCCAAACUAGCAGUUGAUGCAUUUUCAGGAUUAAAAUCACUCACAUCUUUAGUUCUUUAUGGUAAUAAAAUCAAAGAACUUCCUGGAGGCGUUUUUCAUGGACUUUCUUCCUUGCAGUUAUUGCUUUUGAAUGCAAAUGAAAUUUCAUGCAUCAGAAAAGACACAUUUAGAGAUUUACACAGCCUUAAUCUUCUAUCUUUAUAUGACAACAACAUCCAGUCCCUUGCAAAUGGAACAUUUGAUUCAAUGAAGAACAUCCAAACACUGCACCUUGGAAGGAACCCUUUUAUUUGCGAUUGCAAUUUACGCUGGCUUGCCGAAUACCUUCAUAGAAAUCCAAUCGAGACUUCUGGCGCCAGAUGCGAAACUCCGAAACGAAUGCAAAGGCGAAGAAUUGAGGCUUUGAGGGAUGAAAAGUUUAAAUGUAAGGGUGUCGAAGAGUUUCGAACGAGGCAUGCCGGUGACUGUUUAAUCGACACCGACUGUCCUAGCGGUUGCACAUGUGAUGGAACUUUAGUCGAUUGUUCUGGUCGUGGGCUGAAAGAAGUACCAAAGGACAUACCCAUGUACACAACCGAACUGAUUUUAAGCGACAAUGAAAUAGGAAAAAUUAAAUCAGAUGGUUUAUUCGGUCGUUUGCCUAAUUUGAUGAAGUUGGAUUUGAGACGGAACCACAUUACUGGAGUUGAAGGCAAUUCUUUCGAAGGGUGCCAGAAGCUCACAGAACUACUGUUAGCUGAAAAUAAAAUUGGAGAGAUUCACAACAAGAUGUUCAUUGGUCUUAACAAUCUGAAAAUACUAUCGCUUUUUGACAACAAAAUUAGCUGUGUGAUGCCAGGAUCAUUCGAUUCUUUAACAUCCCUUCAAACUUUGAAUUUACUGUCAAAUCCGUUUGUUUGCAAUUGCCACUUAGGGUGGUUCUCUGAGUGGCUUAAAAGAAAAGAGCUUUUAGCCGGAAGUCCACGCUGUGCUUUUCCAGCAAGGUUAAAUAAUGUUUUGAUUCAUGAAAUACCCCAGUAUGAAUUCAAAUGUACAAGUGAUAAUGAUCAAGGAUGUUUAGGAGACAAUUAUUGUCCACCUAAGUGCACCUGUGCUGGAACAGUGGUGCGAUGCAGCAAGGCUAAACUAACUGAGAUUCCAAGAGGCAUCCCUCCAGAAACAUCUGAACUAUAUUUGGAUGUUAAUGAAAUAUCUAUGAUACAAGCUGAUAGAAUCAACCAUUUGAAAUAUCUCACAAGACUCGACCUGAGCAACAAUCAAUUGAUGGUUCUAUCCAACUUCACGUUUGUGAAUUUAACAAACUUAUCAACAUUAAUUAUAAGUUAUAACAAAAUACAAUGUAUUGAGCGUGAUGGUUUAGCAGGCUUGAAAAUGUUACGCAUCAUAUCUUUGCAUGGCAACUUGAUUUCAAUGAUCCCUGAUGGAGCGUUCUCAGAUCUUCAUGCAAUAACUCACCUUGCUCUAGGAUCAAAUCCACUUUACUGUGACUGUAGUUUACGGUGGUUAGCCGAAUGGGUCAAAAGAGAUUAUGUUGAACCAGGAAUCGCCCGCUGUGCAGAACCAGCUAAUUUAAAAGAUAAAACCCUCCUUACAACACCUUCAUCACAAUUUCAGUGCAAAGGACGUGUUCGAAAUGACAUAUUAGCUAAGUGUAAUGCCUGUUUCAACUUCCCUUGUGUCAAUGGAGUCUGUGAACCUUUACCCGAAAGACAGUACAAAUGUAGAUGCUCUCCGGGAUAUCACGGCAAUCUUUGCCAAUAUAUGAUCGAUGCAUGUUAUGGGAAUCCUUGUAGGAAUCAAGGCACUUGCAGAGUUUUGGAAGAAGGUCGAUUCAGCUGUGACUGUUCACCCGGUUUCACAGGAGCACGUUGUGAAAACAACAUCGAUGAUUGCAUACAAAAUAAAUGCGAAAACAACGCAACAUGUAUUGAUUUAGUUCAAGCGUAUGAAUGCAAAUGCCAGUCAGGAUUUAUGGGUGAAUAUUGCGAGAAGAAAAUACCAUUUUGCACAAAGGAAUUUAAUCCAUGUAAAAAUGGUGCCCGCUGUGUUGAUCAUUUUACUCACUACACUUGUGAAUGUCCUAUUGGAUUUACUGGUGACAAUUGUACAAUUAACAUUGAUGACUGUAAAAACCAUAUGUGCCAAAAUGGUGCAACAUGUAUUGAUGCUGUCAACAAUUACACUUGUAAGUGUGCUGACGAUUUUGUUGGAAAGUUCUGUGAGAUCGCCCCGAUGGUUGCCAUGCUUUAUCCGCAGACAUCUCCUUGCCAACAUCAUGACUGUAAAAAUGGUAUUUGCUUCCAGCCAAUGGGUUCAAACGAUUAUAUUUGCAAAUGUGCCCCAGGAUACUCUGGCAAACAGUGCGAGUACCUUACCAGCCUUAGUUUCUCGUACAAUACAUCAUUUGUUGAAAUGGAGCCACUUAGAACUAAACCAGAAGCAAAUGUCACAAUGGUGUUUUCAACGACCCAGGAUUAUGGAGUGCUACUGUAUGACGGUCAAACCCAGCAUUUGGCUGUUGAACUCUUCAACGGGAGAAUACGAGUCAGCUAUGAUGUGGGCAAUUAUCCAGUUUCCACUAUGUAUAGCUUUGAGACAGUCUCAGAUGGGAAGUACCACAUAGUAGAACUUAUCGCCAUAAAAAAGAAUUUCACUCUAAGGGUAGAUCGAGGUUUAGCCAGAUCUAUGGUGAAUGAAGGAUCUCAGGAAUAUUUACGGCUGACGUCUCCCUUGUACAUUGGAGGUGUGCCAUCUGAAGCAGGACAGAAUGCGUUUACUCUAUGGCAUUUAAGAAAUACCACAAGUUUUAAUGGCUGUAUGAGAGAGCUCUGGGUAAAUCACAAACUGGUCGAUUUUACGAACGCAGAGAGACAGCAGAAGGUCACUCCUGGUUGCUCAACAAUGCUUGAUGAAGAAGAGAUGGUUGAAGAAGAUGGUGAAAUUCGAGACCCUGAAGAUGAAGAAGAAGAUGUCGUGGAAGAAAAGGAUCCAUGUAUGAAAAAUAACUGUAAACACGGGAGCAAAUGUGUACCGAAAAACCCAACCGAUUAUAUAUGCAAAUGUUUACCUGGAUGGAGUGGAAAGUAUUGCGAACAAGCACCUACCUGUCGCAAAGAACAAACCAGAGAAUUUUAUGUUGAAAAUGGAUGUAGAUCUCGGAAACCUCUCAAAUUGGCAAAAUGCGAAGGCGGAUGUGGAGGCUCAUGUUGCCGUGUCCGCAAAACAAAGCGCAGAAAGGUGCGACUCAUUUGCCAAAAUGGGACCCGGUACACUAAAGAUAUAGACAUUGUGCGUAAAUGUGCUUGUACUAAGAAGUGUUACUGACUACCUGGACCCUCCCUUUCUACACAAAUUAUUCUGCCACAUCUCACCAUGCCUACAGUAUUGCCUAAAUGGACCACUGCCAAUAUUUUAUUCUUUUAUUUUGUAAAUAUUUCUAUUUUUAGUGCUUUAUUUAUAAUUGUCAUGUGGUCUCUUUUGUGUGGUUCAUACAUUAUUUUCAUAAAAUUGUUUAAUUCUAAUAUGUUUAGCCAUACGAUAAAUGGCUUUUAGUACAUGUAGAAAUGUUUUACUUAAUAAACUAAACUAUUAAUAUCCAUUAAUAGAGAUCUCAUGUAAUCAUCUCGUUACUUCUUUUAAGGGAGCAGCAAAACUUGCUAAUAUGUGUUGUAGAAUUUGAAAAGUUUAAAACCAAUGUUUUAGAACAAAGUUUAGAUUUUACAUUAUAACAAGCACAUACUAAUUGUCUUUAUCCAAAAAUUGAAUUAAACAUUUAAAUUUAAAGAAAUGUUUUCAUUACAUCUUGUGAUAUGUCCUUUCCCUUAAGGUUUAUACGAGAUAAAAUACCGGAAAUAAAAAUUCUAAUGACUCUUGUAUACAACAAUAGAAUUAAUUAGUAUAUGAUCUACAAAUAACUUCUUUGGAACUAUGGAGUAAAAUAAUUCAAAAAGGUAUUAAACAAUAAAAAGUGGCGCUAAUGCAUUUUAUGUAAACAUAAGUUAUACACUUUAUUCCUGGAAUAUUUAAAUACAAAAUGAUUAAAAUAACUUAAUGUAUUACUGUCAUAUUCAAAUUUAUAAAUGUUUUUAGGAGAUUGAUUAUUGUAAUACAUAUAAUCUCUUUUAUAUGUAAACUACAGUCCUACAUAUUAUCAGUUGCUUUUAAAUAAUCAUUUACUAAGAUAUUUUUUUAAUUUUUGAGUUGUACAAUAUUCAAACAGGAAAACUUUUCUUCUAACUUUAUAUGUUGAAAAAUGUUAUUCAUUCUUGCUUUUACAAUUCGGUGGACAUUAAUUGAAAUUUUGUGUAAGCUAAGAAGAAAUAUAAAGACUCACCAGUGGAAUUAAAAGUUAGGUGUCUUAAACAAUUUUUCUUAACAAUGGCACUAAUUAUAUUAUUUUAAAAAAAUCAUUACUGUAACACUCGUGUCUUUACAGAGAUUCAAUAUAUGAGAAUAAAAACUUACGAAUUCAAAUUUAAAAACACAAUGUUAAACAUAAGAUAUAGAGAUAUUCCAUGUUUUCUUUAAUUAUAUUAUUGAAAAGAAAAGUAGGAGCCCAGUACUAAUAAAAUACAAUUGUUAGCUGGAAUCUACAGUAGACAUAUAAAUCUGUGUUGCUUUCAUUGAGAUUAUCCUUUUAAACAAAGUACUGGUGUCACUACCACUGUUUUAUGUAGUUAUAAAAUCCAAAAUUCUUUAAAGUCAGCUAAAAAAUUUUGAUUCAACCUGAAUGCUUUUUAAUAUUAAUUUACCAAUGACCUGUGUGCAUUAUUUUUGUACACAAUUGUUUACAAUUUUUAUUUAAUCCAGUUGUGUGUUUCCACUUAGAAAAGUGAUAUCCACAAAAUAACUAUAGUAAACUUAGUAUUAUUUGAUAAGGUUGAUUAUUAACUGAAAGCAUUAUUUCUUUUGUAUAUAGAUAAUUUAACUAUUUUAUAAGUUGGAUUUCUUUGCUGUUUCACAAUUUGUUCAAGUGGCUAUUCAACCCAGAGAGGGAGGGUUUUUUAAGAUACGGAGUUAUUUGAGUCGAAUUAUUUGUAUUCUUUCUAAUGUCAUUAUAGCAUUUGUAACUUAAUAAGACUAAUUUAUAAGUAUUUUAGUUUUUCUUUUUGUAUUAAAACCAAACAAGUAUUGAAAGUGUUUACAUUAUUUGAAAAUUUAUGUAAUAAUCAACUGCAAAAUACGUUUCAAUUUUGUUAGGAUUUGUUACCAUGUACACAUACAUUUUAUUGCUUAGACAUAAUUUAAAAGAAGUAUUGUAACAGUUGUAAAUAGACCUUUGCAUUUUAUUUAUAAAUGAAUAAUAUACAAAUAUUUACGUAAACAAUGAACAUUAUACAUCUGCUGCCAAAAUCACUGUUUUGAAAUACAAUCAGUUUGUUCAUUCAAAAAUAAUUACAAGUGGCCUCUAAAAAGCUGUAAGUUGUGCUUAUUUAUUAUUUUUUAAAUCCGAUUUGAAAUAAUGGUUUUUAUAUUGUGAA